AGGUGCACUGCAUGCAGUUUGAGCUAGCAUCACAGACUAACGGAUAGCAUCGAUCCCCGGCUUACUCCUCCGCGUUUCCCCAUCCUCCUCAUCAACGAACCACCACUAGUCUGGCAUACAUAGGCCUAUAAUAUAUCGGUCACGCGUGAGCCGCCACUACGCUUAACAAGCUUAAAAUAGAUGCGGGAUGCUGUAGAGGCUGCUGCAACACAAGCUACGUUGUAUUUCCCGCGCGCAGCAAUCUAUGCGACGGCCGCCGAUUCAUACAUCGAUCUACUAACACGACGCACGCACACGGUCUGAGGAGGAGAGAUUCCGAUAUAAGAUGGCCGUUGCUGGCUAGCACUUCCUCACGCACGCUAUAGCGACUGGCUGCGUGAGUGACUGAGAGCAUCGGCAGCUUACGUGAGUUUCCAAGGAGAGGCUUUUCCCGCAGCGAUGAUGGCCGCCGUGUAAGGCAGACGACGUCACGCGAUUGAUAUGCCAGGUUGGAUAGCACUAGUGGCGCUUUUAUUGGCGCUAGGUCAGCGCAUUACGGGUGUGACGGCGUUUGACUGCUACCUGUGCGGGUGGAACGCGGAGUGUGUCACCGCCAAAUCGUCGGAGAGCUGCGCCGAGCCGUUCGUUUCCUCCGAGAAUGUAACGCGAGUGACGGGAUGCGUGCAGUGUCUCACCGUCACCGAGUUUGUCAAACAUGACUUGGUGGAGGUGACGCGGUCGUGUGCUCGCAAGCAGGUCGGCAGCGACGGUGAGGAGCAGUUCGGAGAGACGGCGACGGGAACGAUGACGAUAGUGCGUUACUGUGACUGGCAGCUGUGCAAUGACAGCAGACGCGUCACGUGGUUUAGAAGUGGCGCCAUCGUGUGCAGCGUCGUGCUGCUGGCGUCGCAUUUGUACGUAACAGGCGCGUGAUGAUGGUCUCUGCUGCAGCACCGGUGACCGGUGGCACGAUGAUGAAAUGCUGUCAACAACAACAACAACAACAACAACAACAACAACAAUAACAACUACUGCUACAACUACUACUACUACUACUACUACUACUACUACUACUACUACAACUACAACUACAGAAAUCACUACAAAUAAUGGUAAUAUUAUAAAUGUAAAAGUGUAAAUAUUAAUAAAAUAAUCAUCAUAUAAUUUAAUGAUAGUAAUUGUUAUAAUGAUGACGAUGAUGAAACCGACUACGAUGACACCAGCAAUAGCAGCAGCAAAGCCAGCAUCGAUGACAACAGCAUCAUCAUCAUCAAUAACGACACCGAUUCGCCGCGGCAGCACGCCAGCUCCGUCGACACGGCGGCUCCUUUAGCAACACACGUACAAUAAACAAAUCUGAUAGCGAAGACCUUCAGAUCUCCUGCCCCACCUGUCUAGCCGCAGCGCUUUCCCACAUCUAUCGGGCUUGCGCGUGAGUCGAUCAUGCGCCGCGUGCGGCGACCAUUCACGGCGCGUGGCGACGCAUAGAUCGACGUGAGAGCUGUCGGCAGGUGUUGUAAUAAGAGUGCUGCCGGAGGGAUCAUAGUCGACGGCAGGCGGCAGAGGAGCCGGAAAGCGACGCAGACGAGACGACAACUGCGAUGUACCGCACGCUGCUUUACCUACUCUCCGCCGCCAUAGUUGUGACCAC